GUUGUUUUCUUAAUAAAAUAAUUUCAUAACAUUGCGUUAUGAACUAUUAUGAAAUGUUGUUGCCAAACUCUACGCAGUGUAGCUGACCAAUAAGAGCAGUACAUCUAGGGACCGGCACCACCCUCUCGCAGCAUCAGCACCUACGCCCUUGAUGACGUCACGCACUCAGCUGUGUGGUAAACAGCGGCGGUGAGCGGCUUCGGACUAAUGCCGAUCUCACCGCGGGUCCGAGGCGACAUGCUCGCAGUCCUCUUUAAACCCUCAGCCAUCAUCAUCAUCACCACGACCACCUCCUCCACCCUGCGGCACUGAUGAAGCCUCCCCUGCCGAACCGGGCCGAAGGGCGGACAGAGGAGAGAGAGGAUGUACUGGCGCGUCGGGUUCGCGUGGACCCGAUCGUGCGUGCUUGAGCUGGCCCGGAACAAGAGCUUCUCGCUGGACUUUUGCGGCUCCGAAGGGCCACUCUCUCUGUAUGGCUACAUCAUCGCGUACCCGCUGCAGGAGUACGGAGGGAUCAUGUCCGCGUUAGCGUCCGACACCUGGUGGAGGAAAAGCCUCUACAUCACCGGGGGCGCGCUGCUCGCCGCCGCUGCCUAUUUACUACACGAGCUGCUUGUUAUACGGAAGGAACAGGAGUUGGACUCUCAAGACGCCAUCAUUCUACAUCAGUUUGCCCGGCCAAAAACUGGAGUCCCUAGCCUGUCCCCCUUCUGUCUCAAGAUAGAAACGUACCUGCGGAUGGCAGACCUGCCUUACCAGAACUAUUUCGAUGGGAGGUUGUCUCCUCAGGGGAAGAUGCCUUGGGUCGCGUAUAAUCAGGAGCAGGUGUACGGAACAGAGUUCAUCAUCAACUUUGUGGAGGAGAAGCUUGGUGUGAACCUCAACUCCAGCCUGAGUCCUGAGGAGAAAGCCAUCUCGCAUGCCAUCACCAAAAUGGUGGAGGAACACUUUUACUGGACGAUCGCGUACUGUCAGUGGGUUGAUAAUGUGGAGGAGACGCAGAAGAUGUUGGCGACGAACGGGCCACUUAGUGACCUGCUGAAGUGGAUCGUGAGUCAGGUGACCGGUGGGAUUGUUAAAAGGGAGAUGUACGGCCAUGGGAUCGGACGUUUCUCUAAAGAGGAAGUUUACACACUGAUGGAGAAAGACAUGCGCACGCUUGCCACACUUCUUGGCGAUAAAAAGUAUCUAAUGGGCCCCCAGUUCUCCACAGUGGAUGCUUCUGUAUUUGGCCAUCUGGCGCAGGCCAUGUGGACACUUCCAGGAACCCGUCCUGAGCAGCUUAUCAAAGGGGAGUUCAUCAACCUGGCCAUGUACUGUGAAAGAAUUCGCCGGAAAUUCUGGCCAGAAUGGUUUGUGGAUGUGGAUGAUCUCUACUACGACGGACUGAGCGAUGAACCUGUCUCUCCUUCCCUGCUAGCGGAUUUGGGUCUCUAUUCACACAGCGACAGCUUCCAGGAACUGGAAAGCCUUCCCUCACACCGCGACACACAGACUCCAGACAGCGACGUCACAGGACGUUCUCUGUUCGAUUCAGAUAUGGACACAGAAGGAUCGGAAACGGAGCAGCUGAAGGGUUAACCACACUCCUUUUUAUGAUGUGUCCGCACAGGCCCCGCCUCUUGAUCUCCCACGGGCCCAAUGGAGCCCAGUGAAAGUGUGGUCAAAUGAAGAGUGAUUUCUCCAGACUCUGACCAAGACAUGGCAAUAAAGCAGGCAGUGAAGGUAUUAUGAAAAUUUUUCUUUACAGAGUGAAAUACAUUUUAUUAUACAGGCCAGAGGGAACUCAGAUCAUAGGGCAUAAAAUAUGAAGAGUGUGACACCAUCACUGUGUUUAAAAUCAGCUGAAUGACAUCACAUGACACGUGACUCCCCUCCAUUAACCAUCUGUGUAUGUUUUCUGAAAUGUGUCAUUAUUUUAAAUACAGGUAGAGGAUGAAAGAAUCUUGAUCUUGGCAUAUCUGGACUGGAAGACUUCUAAUGUGCAUGUAAGGUUUUAUUCAGUCAAAUCUCCAAAGAGAAAGGAAAAUUUAUAUUAACGUUUGUGGCAAAAUUAUGAUUAUGAGUAAAUACUGACUAAAUAUUGACCGCAAUCUCAAGAAAGUUAAAUUUCACAAACAGAAUUCACAUCAAUUCUGUGGAGACAUGAUUCAAGUUCUGUGUCUGGAAGUCUUAACAUAAUGGACUUUAGUCAGCAUGUUUGGUUCAUUGUCGUAUCAUAAUUAUGUAAUGUUUCACCUAAACGUGAACAUUUGUCAUCUUUAUAUCAUUGCAAAACUUUAAGACUUUGUUCCGUAGAAAAGAAAGGACAAAUCAGCAUGAAUAUUCAUCGUAAAUCUUAUUCAAACUUGGCACAAAGAUGCCUCAUGCCUUGUUUGAAGUCAGUGAUGUCAAAAGCCAUUAGGUUGUAUGUGCUGUGUCUCGCCCUGCGAUGGGUUGGCACUCCAUCCAGGGUGUAUCCUGCCUUGAUGCCCGAUGACUCCUGAGAUAGGCGCAGGCUCCCCGUGACCCGAGGUAGUUCGGAUAAGCGGUAGAAAAUGGAUGGAUGGAUGGAUGGGUGCUGUGUCUCAUUUUUAGGAGGCAUUUAUCUAUAAGUUUUAGCUGUCAAUAUAAAGGUCAAUUAUUUCCGCCUGGUAAAUGCAGCUCCAGUACACCAAUCUUCAUCUUUUGUAUGCGUGUCAAAUGAUGACUUGUGUUUGUCGAACAGCAAACACUUGAGAUCUGUGUUUGUGUUAUGAAAGAGCGCCCCCUUGUGUACUGCAUCACAUAUUGAUGCUACAAACCCCCCCACAUAAUAUGAUUUUGUAAAAAAUAGAACAGAAUACUGUUGCAAUACAGCAAUGUUACAAAAAAAUGGCUUAUUAAAAUGUAGCUAUCACAUAGAGGAGGUGCAUAACACAAUACAGAAGAGGAGGUAUUGAGCUGAUGCUGGUGUGUGUGUGUUUGCUGCAUGAGUGAGUCACCGUGUCAUCGUCACACAUGAGUUUCUGUAGGAAGGGAUCUCAGAGGGGUUCAUACACAACCAAUCAUACACAAGACAGGAGACUGCUGCUUUUUCUGUUUCGUAGUGAUGUAUAAUCGGUACUCAGCUGUGCCAUGUACAUAUUUCCUGUUACACGCAACGCCCUUUCAUUAAAAAAAAAAACAAUUUAAACUAAUUAAAGGAUUAAUGAAAAGUGUUGAUAUUUUCAUGUUGUACAUGCACUUAUCUACUGUUGGAAAUCAGGACACCUUUAGUAAGAAACUAUUUCAUAUAAAUAACAUUUAGAUCUUAAAUGUGAUUUCUAAACUGGUGCUUUUAGGAAAAAAAUGCUUUGGCUUUAAAAUGUCUGCAUGCCAUUAAUUGUUAAAAAGUGCAGAACAAAUGUCACAUAGUGAGUAAAUAAGAAGUCAGAAAUUGGCCGGUCUGAACCAAACCAAAUAUUAUAACUUAGACAACACAUCUUUCAUUUGUUUGUUUAUUGGUGAGUUUGAGAUUGUGUCUGAUGCCAAAAGCAAACAUAUAUUUUGUAUUUUAUUUGCCUGUUAUUUUAUGUGCUAUAUUAUAUUUUUGUGCAUUACCUGGACCACUUGACCUUUAUAAAUAUAUCACUGCUGAUGUUUGAUGGUUUUGAAAAUACCACAAUUAUUUAUUCUUGACUUUUAAUGCGUUUUAUAUUUUUUUUCGUGAUUUUUUCCGUCUUUUAAUGCAUUUCAGAUAACACUCUGAAUUUUGCUGAUGCAUAUUUAGUUGUAUCACUAGAGAAGCAUUAACAAUUGCUUGUGAAUGUCAAACGAUGGCUAUGUAUUUUAUUUCUAGCUAGUUUAAGCAUUCCAUGACAAUAAUACAGAGCACCCGACUCAUGUUAUGUAAUGACACUACGGCAACCAAAAGAUGGAUUCAUGCUGGAGAGGCAAAGAUCAAAAGUUAUCAAUCUAAUUUAUUUUGUCAUGUGUGCCGUAUAUGACAGAAUCAAUGUUGUGUAUCAUGACCUGGUGGCUUUAUGAAUUUAUCAUGUGCUGUACAGAAUAUUGAGGAGGGAGGAGCUGUGUACGUGAACCUAUGAUCCCUGUAAAACAAGACCCGAACUUGUGUGGCGAAUGUAUUAAAAUGAUUCAUGAAAUAUAGCUGUAACCAUUUAACUGCUCCUGUUUGUGGUCUCAUCACCAUCAAUAGCAUGAUCCUGAGACUUUACAUUUGGAUUAACUAUUAUAAAUGAUCAAAUGUGCUGUAGAAUGUACUGUCUAAUGCCCUAUAAGAAAUUGUUAUGAUUUUAAAAUAUACAUUUUAUUGGUUUGUUAGAGAA